AUGUUCAGUGUAUAGUAAAUCCAUUGCAUAAACAUAAAUAUUGUUUACUGUCCUGAUCACACUUUAUUAAAAAUGGCACUUUUAGCACGAAUAAUUCGAGCUACAACUAUUAAAACUCUCAACAAUGAUACAAGAUGUAUAAUAACAGCAGGUAUAUCCACUGAAAACUUGGCGCGAGUGAUGAAUAAACCGAAACCAGGAUUGGGAAAGGCUUACCGUAGAGUUGUGCACUACCCAGAACAAUAUACAGUGGAGCCACUAAAUGUAACCAAUUUAGCUGGUCGAGAUCCCGAUACUGGCAGAAUGAUAGCCAAAGGCAUUGGAGGCGGCAUUAAACAUAAAUUCCAUUGGGUUAAAUGGGUCCGAGAUGGACCAACUGAAGGCCCACCUCAGAUUGAAAAGGUAAUUGAUGUGAUUGAUGACGGAUGUCGUACCGCAAAAGUGGCACUUGUAGCUGUGGGGAAUGAUCUCAAAUACAUUCUAGCUACUGAGAAUAUGAAGCCUGGUAAUUUAAUAAAAACUUCAAGAGUGAUUCCUAGAAUACCAGUUCGUGCUAACGAAGGCGAUGCAUAUCCAUUGGGAGCUCUUCAGAUCGGAACUCAAAUUCACUGUAUAGAAAAGUAUCCUGGUCAACCAUGCCACUUAAUACACUCAGCAGGGACAUUUGGCACUAUUCUACGAAAAUUUGGUGAACUGGUAGUGGUACAACUUCCUUCUAAGCAAGAAUUUGCUUUCAAGCAAACUUGCAUGGCAACGGUAGGGCGUGUAUCCAAUAUUUAUCAUAAUAAAACGCCUAUUGGCUCGGCACAAAAGAAUAGAGAAUUGGGUAAUCGUCCCCGUUCAGGUUUAUGGCAGCGAAAAGAUGGUAGACAUGGUCGCAAAAUUCGCAGGCUACCACCAAUGCGUAUUGUUGGUGCUCCAUCCGAACCAGCCCCAGAAACUAUUAGAUUUACUGUAAAGGUGUAGUGCUUAUUCGGCUAUGCAACACAAUUGUAAACUUGUGCUAAAAUACACAUCUCUAUAUCUAUUCAAA